AUGGUGCGAAGGUUACGAAAUCUAGCAUGCCUUCACCUUAGUGCCUACCCCCAAGGCAAUGGCCAAGCGGAAGUCGCCAAUCAGGAGAUACUCAGAGGAUUGAGAGCUCGGCUCGACCACACAGGAGGCAGCUGGGUCGAUGAACUCUCAAGCGUCCUGUGGGCCAUGCGCACGACCCCAAAGGAGGCGACUGGUGUGACACCAUUCCAUCUGGUGUACGGCAGUGAAACACUAGUCCUGGUGGAAGUUGGCGUGGAGUCUGACCGAGUGCAGUACUAUGGCGAAGAAAAUGGCGAACGGAAACUGAUGGAACUGGACUUGGUCGAUGAAGCACGAGAGAAGGCUGCCGUUCAAAUGAUGGCAUAUCGACAGCGGAUGAGGUAG